CGGAGCUUUCAUCAAAGCUAGAUCAGAUUUGCAAGACCUAUGCCGGUGUUAUUCCAACUCAUGAUUGGCAUGCGCGGAAGAGCUUCACACCUUAACUGUGUAGGGGAAGCGGUAGAGGCAACUAGAGCGGUGAUAAACAGCUGCCACCAGCCCACAUCUACGUUCUGUAGGCAGCUAGCUAUGUACAACUGUACGAGACUACUAGUAAUGAUUUCACAUCAGCCAAUCAGAUUGCCAAGCAAGUAGGACAUGCAAGGUCAUCUCCGUGCAACCUCGGUGCAGAUCCCCGCGUCGGCGCCAACUGCGCACUUGGGAGUGAUACCCCGCUUUCGCCCUCGAGUCCUACUCUUACGGGCGCAUUCAAUCGACUACAGCCUACGAGAACCCCUACCUCUACCCCCCUACGAAUUACAAUCACAGAGACGACAGCACAAGAGACAUCCACCGACAACAAGAUGACCCUGCCCGAACCGAUCACGACCGCCGCCCUCUUCCUCCACGAGCUCCACGGCCCCCUCGUCUGGGAAACCCUGCAGAUCCCCUCGCUCGCGCCCGACGAGAUCGCCGUCGACAUCCACGCGACGGGCAUCUGUCACACGGAUCUGAUGCUCAUGAGCGGUGAACUACCCAGUCCCCAGCCGGGGGUCUUCGGGCACGAAGGAGCAGGAACAAUCCGCCAAACCGGCGCAGCCAUCACACACGUCCGCCCCGGCGACCACGUCCUCCUCUCCUUCGACUUCUGCACGCGCUGCGCCAACUGCACCGCCAAGCACCCGGCCUACUGCGCCGCGUUCGCGCUGCUCAACACGGCGGGCCACCGCGCCGACGGCUCCUCGCCCCUACAGACCGCAACCGGCGGAGCAGUCUACUCCAAGUUCUUCGGGCAGUCGUGCUUCAGCCGCGUCGCGGUUGUCGGUGGACGCUGCGCGAUUCCUGUUUCUUCGGGGUUGGAUCUGAGGGUGUUGGCGCCGUUGGGGUGCGGGAUGCAGACCGGGGCUGGGGCGGUGGUGAAUGUCCUGCGACUGCGGGCUGGACAGAGCGUUGCGGUGUUUGGGACGGGGGCUGUGGGGUUAGCGGCUGUUAUGGCUGCGAGGAUUGUGGGCGCGGAGGUGAUUGUUGCGGUGGAUGUGAGAGAGGAGCGGUUGCGGAUGGCGAGGGAGCUGGGGGCGACACAUACUGUUAACCCUGCUGCGCUGCAAGAGGGUAACGGGGUGGUCGGAGCGAUUCAGGCGGUGACGGGUGGGCUCGGGGUGCAGUUUGCGGUCGAGUGUUCGGGCGUGCCGGCGGUUGUCCCGUUGAUGCUGGCGGCGCUGCGGGCGCGCGGGCGCGCGGUCUCGGUGGGCGCCGCGGGGAUCACGGAGGAGGUGCGCUUCAAUCUGUUUGCUCAUUUGAUGGGCGGGAAGGAGUAUGUCGGUUGUAUUGAGGGGGAUGUCUAUCCGCCGGAGUUUGUGCCAUGGCUGGUCGAGCGGUAUGCCCACGGCGAAUUCCCCGUCGAUAAGCUGGUCAGGGUGUACAAGGUCCGGGAUUAUGAGGAGGCGUUUGCUGAUGUUCGUGAGGGGAAGGUAAUCAAGGCGGUGCUGGAUUGGACGGAGUAAGCCUGUGUAUCGCGAGAAUGGCAAUUUGCGUUGAGUCGAGUAGUACAAUCCCCAGCUGAAGGGGGAGCGGUUGGGAAGUGUUGCAGUGUGAGAGUUGAGUCGGGGUUCUGCGCAGGUGGCAUGAUUCGGAUGCCACCCACGGGAUUUGAUGAUGAUACGAGGGGAGGCCUG